AGGGGGGGUUCUCUCCGUCUCGACCUUGCUGCAUAAACCAGCGAAAUGAUCCAAGGAACCUGCUACGCUAUAAAAAAUAGCGCCCUCUCAAGGUCCAGCUCGAGUUCAUUGCAUAGCACUGCGAGGGAGCCAUUGAAAUUAAUUAAGGAAAUUGUUGAUUGGCUGUUUAUUGCUGUUCAAUGCUGUAUAAACCUCGGAGUCACAGGGGAUCGGGCCCUUUGAAGUUCUCGUGAUCAGAACUGCCCUGCCAGUGAGCAGAAGACAUGUGGACGUGACAUGUUCGAGUGGUCACAGCUCCAUGGUCUGGUCUUUGCUAAUUAAUUAGAGCAUGGAGGAAGGAAAACAGAGUGAUUAGAGGAAGUUACAAGCGCUCUGAUUUUGUGGUCUUUCGUGUAGUAUAGACGCUUUUCUGUUUUGUCACAAUCCUGCUGGACCGCAAUGACGGUGUUGUGAUGCUAAUGAGUGAAUGGUGUUGUGAUGGUAAUUCACUUUAUUCAAAACAAACUAGUCAAGCGUGCCGUGUUCGUACGUGUGCUUGCACAUUAUCGGAGCUGCCCGUAGGAAUGUACGCGAUCACCGCGGCCGAGGCGGUCUACGCGUGGUGGUAUUGUUUACAUUUAGUGCAAUCCAGUACGUGGGUGGAAAGGGUCUAUAGCCUACAUGACCGUCCGACCCCUCUAUUGAUCCGUUUGUCCUCCUUUGUUCCCCUCGCAUCGAGCUCAGCUUGCCCGCUUAUUCACAUGUGCAGUACACGGCGUUUGUGUAACAACACAGUUGCAAACGGACUCGACUCCCAGCCAGUAACGCGUGCACUUUUAUAUAGGCCAUUCAUGCAUGUGUAGAUGUAUGUCUGACACAGCUGAGCGCAGCUAACUGGGUGAGAAACAGACACUUUCUAGCCGUCAAAUCACCAGCCCCCGCGCUCAGUUGACAACGUGUCUGAGGCCAACAAGCAAGAAUUUGACGGGGAAUCCCGAGUUGGACUGCUUUUCAAAGAUCGGGCUAGUUGGGGCAGGUUCGAGAUAGAUUUUGACGAUUCACCUGUGACAGGAAGCUGGAAAAUGGAUGAAAUGGCGGAAGCACCGGGAAUAACAUCAGAAGAAAGUGUUGCAGCCACGACGAGAAAGGACCGACACUUCCACUGCGAUGUUUGUCGGCAAGUACUUGGCGAGUAAACAGACUCUGGCAAAGCACAUGUACAUCCACACCCGGGAAAAGUGGUUCGUCUGCGAUUUUUGCGACAAGGAUUUCAGCACGAAAGGCCGGCUGAAGCAACACAGACGGAUCCACACCAACGACAGGCCGCACGCCUGCGAGGUCUGCGGCAAGUCCUUCACGACGGGCAGUUACCUCAAGACACAUCUGAAGACCCACUCGGACAACAGGCCCUACGCCUGCAACCUCUGUCCCCGAUCCUUCAAGUACCCCAGCAGCCUGAAGAUACAUCUGGUUUCCCACACCGGAGAGAAGCCAUACUCCUGCGACAUCUGCGGCAAGGCCUUUGCGCACAAUGUGACCCUUACGCAACACAUGCGGUCCCACUCUGACCACAGGCCGUUCACGUGCGACCUCUGUCCACAAUCCUUCAAAAGCAGGUCCGGUCUGAAGACGCACCUUAGAGUCCAUUCCGGAGAAAGACCAUAUGCGUGCGACGUAUGCGGCAAGGCCUUCUCCAACGGUACCUACCUUAAGAAUCAUAAGGUUACCCACAGCGAUUACAAGCCGUUCAAGUGCGACCUCUGUCAAAAGUCGUACAAGUUCAAGAUCGAUCUGACGAUUCACAAAAGGGUCCAUACGGGAGAGAAACCCUACAGUUGUGGUGAAUGCGGGAAGGCCUUCACACAACAGGGUCACCUUCGGUGUCACAGAAAGACCCACUCGGACGAGAAGCCGUACGCGUGUGAUGAGUGUCAACGCUCGUUCAAAACUAGAUGUGGUUUCAAGCAACACUACAGACAGGCCCACACUAACGAGCGACCGUACACGUGCAGCGUCUGCGGCGAAUCCUUUCCGUUCAGCUGGAGACUCAAACGACACCUUAUGACUCACACUGGCGAGAAGCCGUACACGUGCGAACACUGCCAACAGUCCUUCACAGUUAAGGCUUACCUGGUGCUGCACGAAAGAACCCACACCAACGAGAAACCGUACAUCUGCGGUAUCUGCGGCAGGGCUUUCUCCAGCGGCUCAUGCCUCAACAGGCACGCGACAACCCACAGCGAGGCCAGGCCGUUCACAUGCGACCACUGCCCGAGGUCGUUCAAGAUCAAAAGCGACCUGACACGGCACCUACGGUUCCACUCCAACGACAAACCGUACGCCUGCGGUGUCUGUGGCAAAUCUUUUGUGGAGCGGAGAAGCCUGAAGGCUCACAUGAUAACCCACACGGAUGAGAGGCCAUUCACCUGUGACUACUGCGAACGGUCUUUCAAGUAUAAUAUCUGCCUGGUAAGGCACCGCCGAAUCCACACGGGAGAGAAACCGUUCUCUUGCGACAUCUGCGGUAAAUCAUCCGCCUAUAAAAAGGUCAUCACUUUGCAUCGUCGGAUCCACACCAAAGAAGAGCCACAAUCCAGCGGCAUUUGUAGCUCUGGAGUUUAAAAAUGUAAGAGUGAAAGCUUUUGAAGGUCAUAAGGAGUGACUGGCGCGUGCAGACUAGCGCCAGUUUGGGGAAAACGUCUAGGCAGAAACAACCCAAAUGUUGGUUUGUUUUCAGGGGAAAGCGAGUUUUUUGUGCUUUUACUGCGUUUCAUUGUCUCUUCUUACGUGAAAAGAUUGAUGUGAUGUUACGUGCCCGAGACGCGUGCAUUUCACAGUCGUUUGCUAACCAGUGAAGUGCGCACUUCGACCAAAAGAGCCGCUCUUGCUAGGAAACUUGCGCCCUCUUUAGUUCAGCUCGCGGUUCUUACGUAUUUUAACUGUAUUGUUUAAUUCAUUGUUAUACCCUCCACCCUUCUGUUUGAUAUCUGCACCGUUUAGAGACAGGAAUAUAAAGGACUUUUAGUAGUAGUAACUCGGGUCGUGUAUAUACCCCGUACACCCCCUCUAGCGACAAACUUGUGUCAUAUAUCCGAUUGCCACGUGAAUGUAUUUUCAUUAUUGUAGUGUUAAUGACGGUAUUCUUAAAUAAUGCUUAUUACCGGGCAUUGCGGGCAAUUUUAGUCAGACUCCUGAAGAAAAGCAAUUUUCAACUGAUAAGGCCACCCUGUAUAUCUAUUAAAUAAAACAGAGGUCGCAAUAAAAUGCCUUUUCUUUUUAAUUAAACGGAGCGCCUCGACAUUUUUUAACGUCCGCGAAAGAUUUUGUGUGCUGGUCUAACACAUUACACGAGGCACCUACAGAAGUCGACGGAAACAGGAUUGAAAGCGGAGCGAACUCUUUGCCUCGGUUGGCUUUCGAAGAGAAUCCCCAGGAUCUGGAGGAGGGGGGAAUGGGGGCAAUCGGUGGUAAUGAAUUUUCACCCUCUCGACUGUUUGGAGCCUCAUCGAUAGUCAACAUCAUUCAUUUCCCUGUGGAAUGUGGGAGGGGGGUAGCCGACCAUCGUUGACAUCAAUCCGGCGGGUUGGUGUCGCACCAAACUGUCGUUUUCAUUUCUUUUCCCAAUUAGUGGAAGAUGGAUACAUUGCAUAGGCCUAUCUGAUGAGCGGACUCGCUUUGGUAAACCCACAACACAAAACCGUAGACAAGAGGCUGAAGUAGCAAUUAGGCUUCAUGGAUCGGCCUUGACGAGUCCUGAGGGACGAUCGAGCUCCUUGCCAACCUGUGAGGCUCGCAAGAUAGGCCUCGUACUUUCAAGCAACAGCGACACUACGCUUUGCGUACACGUACCUGGGAACUCUCCAAACCCGAUGCCUCACGGAAGAAAUCGAGACCGCUUAUGCAUUUUAGAACAUGGAAAUACAUAAUGUGAUCUGACUUUGGAAGUCAUUGAGCUCAUUCAAGGCCCACAAAUGUACAUCACACAUGCCACAUUGAACUGUUGAGAGAUCUUUAUUCGUCAACCAGACAAAAUCCCUUUAAGGUGUCACUUUACAUGUACCACAUGAAAUAUUUAAAUGAAACCUUAUAAUUUAAAUACAUCAUGGAUAGACGUAGUCGAGACGCAUCGUUUACCGUGUACACAAUAGCACGGACUUAUUAUUUAAUUUUUGAAAACAGCUGAUGCUUGUAGGAGUACCAUGUCUUUCACGGCCGGCUCUUCAUCUCGCGAGUACAAAUGCCAUCGGCUAGUUCAGUCCGCAAACCGUUCUAGAAAAUCUAAUACGGGUGGACAUGCCAUAACACUUGAGCAAAUUCGAGUUUGAGUUGCGCGGUUGUAUUUUUUUUUAUCUUACACGACGCUUAUUGCGGAACCAGACCUCGAUGCUAUCCAAAGUAUUGAUUUUCCCGUCAAAAAUACAUGCGAGUAAGAUUUAUUACUAGCGGCGAGGCGUAAUACACCUUGUGGAUUGGUUACAGAUCCUUACGAAUACUAACACUGAUGUGUUCUGCAGAGAGACCCAUUCCGCUGUGCUUACUGCUGGUACAGAAAGACCUUUGCUUGAUUUGCUCACAAUCAACAGCUCCAACGCUGCGAAAACUACUAGGUUUCCUGUUCAAAAG